AUGAACGAAAAUGUUUAUGACUUCGCGAAUCAAAAUAUUUCGAAGAAGGACGAAAAUGACUCAUCCAUAAAUUUGAAGAGAGUGAAUAUUCAAUUGCUACUGAUGCGUCACCGAUAUAUAUAUGACUAUGCACAAGAUGUUGAUGACACAGAAGAAAAGGGUGCAACGCAUAGCCUACAUGGCCCCGCAACUGUUUCAAGACGAUACGAUGUUGCGCAAUUAGAGAAUAUAUCAACGUACGAAGAAACAGAUGAACCUAUUUACGAAACAAUUGACGAGGUAUAUACCCGACCAAUUACAGCAACGCACAUUGCGGUAAUGUAUACAUAUACAGGAGACUUCAAAUAUUUUGACCCAAUCAGGAAAAUUUGGAGUAAACUCCCGAGCUUCAAAACUCUAAAACAAACAAGCCGAAUGGCAUUUAUUCGAAGCGGUCUUUACGCAAUAACGGACAGAGAUUUGGUUUAUUUACAUAACGGAUCUUGGAUUAAAAAAGCGUCCAUAAGUGGACUUCCAGACAGAUGGCACAUGGCUGUGGCAUUUCAGAACAAAAUUUAUGUACUCGGAGAAAAUCGCAUUUUUUCAUAUAAUCCAACCAUCGACAAAUGGUCUGAGAACCUACCUGGCACUGACCUCGAACCUAGAAUCGCUGUCGCUGCGUCAAAUGAGUUCAUAUAUGCAAUUGGGUGUGGUUCUGCAAGACGAGCCAGACGGUACGACCCAGCAACACAAAAAUGGUCGGACAUAGCAAAGAUGAAAAGAAUUAGAAUGAGUGCAGCAGCUGCAGCUUUGUGUCAUAAAGUCUACCUUUGCGGUGGUAUCGUAAACGGUGGAAUCGAUAACGAGGUAGAGUUUUACAGCGCCAAUACAAAUGAAUGGACUGAAAUAGCAAGCAUGUGCAUUUCUCGUAAUUGCUUCAGUGCCUGUAUUGUUGAAAAUAAGCUCUACGUAAUCGGUGGUGAUAGCUUUGGACCGAAUACAAUAGAGGUUUACAAAGAGGCAGAAAACAAAUGGGAAAUACUGGAAAACUUCAAGGAAUCUGUACACGAAAUCAUAGCAUGCAACUUCAACCCAAAGUAUUGUAGUUAA